AUGAGUGAACGAGGAUCGAGCGAAACUUCCGCUUACUAUGAAACUACGACUAGCGGAACCUAUGAAAGCAAUGACAUGAAUACCAAACACUCCAAUCAUCAGGCUCUUGUUGAAGAAUUAAUGAAUCAAAAAAAAAUUCACAUGCAAAAUGUUGUUUUGAAAAAACAAUCUUCUUCGGGUAGUUCAGUCCAAACGCCAAUGAAAGGAAUCUUAACGAAUGGAAAUAAUUCUCCUAGUUCAACGCAAUACACAACGAAUUCGAAUCCAUCCUCUCGGAAAUCUUCUCCGAAAAGCGUUUCGAUUGCUCCCUCCGCAAUAAGUGUCACAAAUGGAUCUGAAAAUAAUUUAUUUUUUGAAGAAAUGAAAAAAGCGUUCCAAAGCAUCGAUGUCAAUGGUGAUGGAAAAUUAUCAAAGAAUGAACUUGCUGUUGCUAUUCGAUCGUACGGCUUGGACCCUUCUUCCAAAGAGCUUCAUGAACUUUUUCAAAUGGCAGGUUCGAAAGAUGGUUUUAUCGAUUUCGAACAAUUCUCCUCUCUUAUGAAGAAAACUGUAAAUAUUGAACUGUUCGAAGAUGACAGAAAAAAGAAAAAAUCAAUAGCAAAAAUUUUUGAUGCUAUCGACAAGAACGGAGAUGGUUUUAUCGAUCUCAAUGAAUUCAAAGAAUUGUUAGAGAGUAUUCCAGGAGGGUCCAGAAUUAAUCCUGAGAAAGAUAUUCAAACUAUGAAAGAAAUAUUAGGAAGCAUGGAUCAAAACAAGGAUGGUUUGGUUGAUUUAAAUGAGUUUUAUGAAUGCAUGCUCAAGGAGAAAGAUUUCUAUGAAAAAUGUAAAUCACUCUUUGAACCUUCUCCUUUUCAAUACAUUAACGUAUUCAAGACUUUGCCGUCUAGCUUCAGAACAUCCACUUUGUAUGCUCUCAAGCAAUCUGGAAAGUACAACACCUCUAACUUUGUGACACCAAACUUGAAUGACUCUGGAAUUAAUUACUUGGAUCUCACCUUAGACACAUGCUCCAAAAAUAUUUUACCAAUCUAUGCUUCCAAUUUUAAAAUCACAUUUAAUUCUGCCAAAGGAGUACCUCUCCCAAGAGAGAAUGUCAAAAUUCUUGAACGAAAAGUUUACAUGAUACUUACUUCCAAUGACAAGUAUAUCAGUAACAUUCACCAAGUCGCUGCCUUUUGGUCUCCCAACAAGUGUGACGAAUGGACAUUCACAAACAACCUUGAAAGUAAUGUCCUUUUAAGGACAAUGGUUGAUAAUGCAAAUACCUCUCUCCUAUUAGAAUUUGUGAUUGUUGUUGAAGGAGAAAGAGGCUCAACCCAUGAAAUCUGUUGUGGUCAUACUUCCAUUCCUCUCAAUGGAGAUUAUCAAAAUCCCAAAAACUAUGACUUUUUCAUCAUGGGAGGAAGCAUCAAAAAACCAGUUGAUAUUGCUCAGGAGGAUAUUAUUUUCAGUAAGAAUAACGUUGUGGGAAAACUUGGCAUGUUAUUCAAAGGUUUACCAAGACCACAAAUUUCUCUCAAAAUCAUAGCUGUGACCUCUGUCCAGAAACAACAAAAAUUAUCCACAUGUCCUCCAAAUAUUGUCACCAAUUAUUCGAGUUGGGAAAUUCUAUCCACCUAUCGAAAAGUGUUGGCCAAGAAAUUAUUUCCAUCACGAGCACUCGAUGAGAGAAUGAUCGAGAGCACAAGUCCAGAACUGCGAUGGUUUCCUCAAUUAUUAGAUGACAAGGACUUGUGGAUGCUCUUUCUCGAUAAAUGGAAACUUCUCGUCAGUGCUGCCAAGAAAUCCAAAGAUAAGAAACCUGAAGAGAGUGUCUUGAUGAAACUUGUUCACGAUUCGUACAGUUCCUUGUUGUGCAUGAAUUUGCCAAAAUACACUGGCCGACAAACAGUGAUAUCUCUCUUCUUUGAGAGUCCAAAAGAAGUGUUAAAUUCAAAUGGAUUGUUGUUUAGACCCUUUGAUGCAUCUUCGGAAUGUGUUCUUUCGCCCAUCUUCCACUGA